AUGGAUAGCGAUGAGUAUAAAAAGGAAGUUGAAGCAAAUGUAAAGGCAGAAAAACUUUUACAGUUGCAAAACCAAACCGUACAGUAUGAAAACUUAGCACAAGAAAGUAAAAAUAACGACGCGGCUAUGCAAAAGGCAAUGAAAAGCUCAGAAUAUAUAAAAGCUAACAAUGACUGGUUAGAUGCCCAAGCCAACGCUAAAGCAGCCCAGCUUAUAGGGUCAAUAAGGACAAAAAUACAAGCGGAUGAAGACAGUUCAAAUGAAGCUUUAACAAAUGCUGACUUUAAGAACGCCUUCGAAGCUCUUCAUAGUAAGGUGAAACAAGUGAACGACUUCUCAUCUGGAAAGAAACUGAAGUCUGAAGGUUUCGACAAAGAGUUAAAAGAAGUAGCACAAAAUAUGACGAAAAUAACAGAUGCAGCAACGAGACAGGCAGUUCAAAGUGCCUAUGACGCCGUUAGAGCAACUGUUGUGAAAAGUCAAGAAAAAGAGUUACAACAGACCAAAACAGACCUAGUAAAUGCUUUCUUAAGAACGAAAAGUCAGGUAGGACAUUACGCUGCAGAUGGAACAUAUGUGCCAGCUGGUGGAAUUUAUAUACCACCAAACCCUCCAAGAGAAGCACCUGCACCAGGACUACCUAACACACUUACAUCGUCACAUGGACAUAGACACAGGCAUGCACCAAAACCAACACAACAACCAACACAACAACCAACAGUUCAAAACACUGCACCACAACAACAACCAGCACAACAACCACCUCCACAACCAGCACAGCAACCAACAGUUCAAAACCCAGCACAACAACAAAAACAAACAGAGCAAGGACAUAAAAGAAGUAGAGAACAAGGAAACCAAGAUUUCUUAAAAAUGCUUAAAGAAGACUAUGGUUACCCAGCUACUAUUGACUUUAGUGACAGAUAUAAAGAAGCUAUUAGAAAGUUCAAGGAAGGAAAUACUGACCCGAACCUAUUUAGCUUUAUGGCUCUGCACCAAAGGGGAUAUAAUUUCAAACCUGGAAAAUACAAGCUCGCUAAGGGAUAUGAUUUAAUAGCAUAUCAUCCAAAUGACAUGAACGAAUUUACUCCGAGAUAUUUGAUGUCAGAGCUAAAUGACAAUUUAACUCUCUUCAUGAAACGCGUAAAAAAUAGAGACGGAACGAAAGAAGAAAGGUUUAUGAGUCCGGAUGACUUAGAAAGGGAACUUGUUGAAAACGGUCUCGGAAUAUAUGAAAUGCCAGCAGAUGAGGUACAAGAAACUCCACAGGAAGAACUAGUUCAGAUACAACCAGACAUGGAAGAAAUAGUUCAGCAACAACAGCUAGAAGAGCCUGAAGGAAACGAACAA